CGUUGAGGUUGCACGCUCGCACGGGGGCGGGAUUGACAUGUUGGAGGGCGACCGCUACUUCAAGGUGAAGCUCCACGUGGACCCAGGCCUGUGCCCCGUCUGGGCAGAGGGCGGCGGGAGCCUGUUCGACCAGUCCCAGGCGCCGCCCACCCUCGCCAAGCUGUAUAAACAAAGCCUCCUCCUUCGCCAGUCGCGGGGAUAAAGACGGCUAGCCACCUUGCGAUUGAGAGGUGGGAAGCUUCCAGUUUUCUAACGCAGGUGUGCAACUUUGGGGAUGCGAGCCCGCUGUGGAACGCCUCCCGCGCGCAGUGGCGCAUACCGUCCGCAGGUGAGCGUGAGACGCUGAUGGGCUUCGACCGCGGCUGCACACGUGCUGCGGUCGAGGAGUCUGCACCGAGUUUGGAAACAGGGAUCACCAGGUCAUCUCUCACCGGUAACUCGUUAUCCGUGCAGGUUGCGUCGUGCAUCUUGGCGCAGCUGGUGGCUCAAGAAGGUCAGCGACCUGUACCCGACAGUGCACCUCGUCCCCGCACUGGCGUGGCCCCGGCUGCUUGGGCGCAGGGGCCGAUCUUAGGGGGGGUCGACGUCAGCGAUCCCGACUUGGAGCGCCACUUGGUCUUCAAGUGCUUGGGGACCGCCAGCAGAGGAGGAGCUGACGUGAGGCUGGACCUGCGGGCGCCGUUCUGGGCGCAGGCGUGGCCUUGCUCGGGGCUGCAGACCAGUCUAUGGACGUGGUCCAUCGGGCACGGCUUCCAGUGUAAAGAACCUGCGCGCAUCAAUGAGCUCGAGGUGGGCGCCGCCGUCAACGCCGUCAAAUGGCGAGCGAGCGGCGUCGAAGUUCCGAUGCCACUGCCUCAACUUGCUCGGCUCGCAGGUUGGCGUCAAUGUCAUGGCUAAGGGGCGGUUCCGCGCGAAGCGGCCCUGGGGCUAGAUGCGCGGACGCGCCGCCUACCGGCUGGCAUGCGGCGCGUGCCCAAACUGCACAUACGUCGACACCGACAUCAAACCAGUGGACGUGCCCCGUCGCUGGUUCGACGCUGGGUGCCGCGGACACCUCCGCCAGCGUCAGGGCAGCUCGAUUGAGGCGAGCCGUCGACGCGCGUCGGCGGAGGCGAGGGUGAAGCGCGUGCGGGGCCAGCGACAACGGGGCGCCGGACACGGCGCAGGCCGUUGCAAUGAUGGCGUAGUCGAGGCUGGAGGCCAAUCUCAUCCCGUCAGAUCGACGAGCGAGUCUCCGCUUACAUCGAGCACAUGUGGCAUUCCAGCGGCUCGCUGCCCGAAGCAAAUAACACGAUGGCCGCAGUGGUUUACUUUCUGCCGCGUCCUUCAGGCAGGCUAAAGCCGAGCUGGGAGCUCCAGAAGACUUGAUUUAAGCUUGAACCCGACGUGCGUGCUAUGCCUCUCCCGCCGCCCCCAGCAUACGCCCUCGCUGUAGCGCAGUGCUGGUGGGGCCUUCCCCGCGUCGCAGCACUGCUGGCCACCAGAUCUGCGACGUCCCCCCGCUC